UCAGGCACUGGGAAGUCACUGUGAGGUGGAAUAUCUGUCUAACUAAUCACAAUAUAACUCGGCAAUUCGGAUAUUUUUUUCCAGAUCAUAUUAAGUAAUCGUUCUUAGGCUUGCUGCUGUUGUUUUGUUGGCAAACCGACACUUGCUGGGCUUUAUCCAAAAAAGAAUAAUGAUCGGUUUGGCUUUAAAGUACUUGUUUAGAUAUAUUGUCUUUUUUUAUUAGUGACUUUUCAUGAAGCAAGACGUUUUCUUGCACUUUUUCUUUUAAAAGAUAAAAGGAGGGCUUUUAGACACUCCAAUCUGAACCGUUUCUCUCGCGCCGCAGAUAUGAUCGCGCUUUUUGCUGCGCUCCUGUGCGCUCGCACGCUGGCUGCUGGAAAACUGGCGGUAGCUGAUGGCCAGCCGCAGGGAGAGCGCUUCGUGUGCACCGCCGUGCCUGCGGGCGCCGACCUCAGUUGCCCCGUGGACACGGAUAACCGCGUGCAGAGCGCAAGCCCGCAGGAGGACGAGUUCAGAAGCACGAUAGUGCAGCUACGGGAGACCGUGCUGCAGCAGAGGGAGACCAUUGCGAGUCAGCAGGGCACCAUCAAGGAACUCAACUCCAAACUUUCUCGCUGCGAGGCCGCGGCACAAGACGCGCGAGACAGCAAGUGGCGUGGAGGCGCGCGCAGAAAGGAAUACGGUAAGAACACCAUGGGCGAUCUGCCUCGAGACCCCGCGGAAACCAUCGAGCAGCUCGGAAAGACCAUGCAAGGGCUGAAGGACCGACUGGAAAACUUAGAGCAGCAGCUGCAUGCCAAUGCAUCUGGUGCGCCGUUCCCCAACGAGCUGCGUGACCUGCUAAAGCGGCGGCUGGGGGACCUCGAGAGCCAAUUGCUGAGAAGAGUAGCAGAGCUUGAGGAGGAAAAGACACAGCUAUACAAUGAGACAAUGGCCCACCGGCAGCACACAGAGAACACACUCAACUCGCUGCUGGAGAGGAUCACAGAGCUGGAGAGAAGUAACAGCGCAUUUAAAUCCCCAGAGGAUUUCAAGGUUUCUCUGUCCCUGCGCACAAACUACCUGUAUGGCCGCAUCAAGAAAAGCCUACCAGAAAUGUACGCCUUCACUGUGUGCAUGUGGCUCAAGUCCAGUGCUAGUCCUGGCAUUGGGACGCCAUUUUCCUAUGGAGUCCCUGGACAAGCCAAUGAGAUUGUGCUGAUAGAAUGGGGCAACAAUCCCAUCGAGCUACUUGUCAACGACAAGGUGGCUCAGCUGCCUUUGUCAGUGGGAGACGGGCGAUGGCAUCACAUCUGUAUUACCUGGACGACCAGAGACGGCUUCUGGGAGGCCUAUCAGGAUGGCGAGCGGCUGGGCACUGGGGAGAACUUGGCCCCAUGGCACCCAAUUAAACCUGGAGGAGUGAUCAUACUGGGCCAAGAACAGGAUAUUGUAGGGGGAAGGUUUGAUGCCACACAGGCUUUCGUAGGAGAGCUAAGCCACUUCAACAUGUGGGAUCGGGUUCUCCGCCCCACAGACAUCUCUGGCAUGGCUAACUGUUCAGCAUAUAUGCCUGGUAACAUCGUGCCCUGGAUAGACGCCAAUGUCGAGGUCUUCGGAGGAGCCACAAAAGCAGCACUGGAAAUAUGCGAGGACCGUCUUUUUGAUUCAUAA